AUGGCAUUAGAUAUGGUGAUAGAAACCCAAAAAGAACAAUUUGCGAAACUCUGGGAUUAUGAGGCUGAAUUGAAGAGGUCAAAUCCGGAUACACACACAUCGAUUGUGACCAUCCCUCAAGCGUCUGGUAAGCAACAGUUUGACAAAUUCUACAUUUGUUUUGAUGCUUUAAGAAGAACAUGGAAGUCUUGUUGUCGACCCAUCAUUGGACUUGAUGGGUCAUUCUUGAAAUGGGAACUAAAAGGCGAGAUCCUGGCGGCUGUUGGGAGAGAUGCAGAUAAUAGAAUCUAUCUCAUUGCUUGGGCAGUAGUUAGAGUGGAGGACAAUGACUCAUGGGCGUGGUUUGUUGAGAAUCUGAAGAAGGAUUUAGAUUUGGGGUUGGGGAGUGGUUUGACUGUGAUUUCCGAUAAGCAGAAGGGGUUACUUAAUGUUGUUGCUGACUUGCUUCCUAAUGCAGAACAUAGGCAUUGUGCUCGUCACAUAUAUGCAAACUGGAAGAAGGCACAUGGUGACUACUCCCAUGAAGGUUAUUUCUGGGCAAUUGCAUAUAGUCCAGUAGAAGGAGAUUACCGGUUUAACAUGAGCGCUCUGAAAGCUUAUGAUGAAGCUGCACAUGAUGAUUUGCUGAAAACAGAACCAAAGAUGUGGUGCAGAGCCUUCUUUAGUGGUCAUUCUAGUUGUGAGGAUGUUUGCAAUAAUUUAUUUGAGAGCUUCAACAAAACAAUCAAAGAUUCUAGGAAGAAGCCAGUUUUAAAUAUGUUUGAGGAUGUUAGGAGACAAGCAAUGAAGCGUAUUUCGAAGAGAUGUGAUAAGACUGGGAAGUGCCAAACUAAGUUCCCACCUCACAUCAUGGCAAUCGUUGAGGCCAAUCGCAAACAUGCAAAGUUUUGUUCAGUUCUCAAAAGUAGUGAGAAUGUCUACGAGGUGUUAGAAGGAAGUGGUAGCUUUGUGGUCAAUCUUCUGCAUAGGAGUUGUGCUUGUAACCAAUGGAAUCUCACAGGAAUACCUUGUCCCCAUGCAAUGUAUGUCAUAACCGAGCAUAAUCGUGAUCCAGAAGACUAUGUCGAUAGACAUUAUCUGACCACUGUUUGGCAAGCGAACUACAAAGACAACAUUCAACCUGUGAAUGGAGAAAGAUUGUGGCUUGGAACAGAUAAAGGAUCUAUUGAAGUGCCUGACAAAAGGAAAAAGCGUGGGCGUCCUAAGAAAUAUGCUAGGAUAAAGGAACCAGGUGAAUCAUCAACCAAUCCGACUAAGGCUACAAGGGAAGGACAAACCGUAACUUGUACAAAUUGCAAGCAACCAGGUCAUAAUAAAGGCACUUGCAAAAAUCCGGCUGUACAACCAGCUCCUACACGCAAAAGAGGGAGACCAAGAAAGCGACUGGAUAAUGAUGAUCCAUGGAGCAUACACAAUGCACCAAAGAGGUGGCAGAAAGCUCAAACCCAGUCCACUCCAACUGUUUCUCAAAGUCAAUCCGUAGAAGAACCUCAUCAUUCAAGUGCUCCAGCAGCUGGUAGAGGACGUGCUCGUGGACGUCCUCCUGGAACUAAAAAUGGUGAAGGCAAAGGUCGUCUCAGAGCUCGUGGUAAAGGUCGUGGCAAAGACAAAGAUGAAGCUCCUAAACCACCUGUUUUUUAUGUCUCCAUGGACUGA